GCGGACGCAACUCAACUGAGCGCCGGCCCUGGAGCCACCGACAUGACCCGGCACGUGGUGUCCGUGGCGCAGCAAUGCCCCAACACCGUGUUCGACCUCGGCGGGUACUCGCCGACAUCACCAUCGGCAUCAAGACGGUCCUCGGCAUCGGUGAAGUGAUCCCGGAGGCGUUGGCGCCGCGUAUUAAGGCCAUCGUGACGUUCGGCAACCCCCUGAUGCUCUUCGGCCAGACGAUCUCGAGCACGAGCACCACGUACGGACCCAAGGCGGUGGAGUUCUGCAACCUGGGCGACCCGGUCUGCGCCAACGGCAUCAACGCGAUCGCGCACCUCACAUACCCGACCGACGGAAGCGUCACGAGUGCCGCCCGACAAGCAGCGGCAUUGGUGAGGGGAGGGUCGACCAAGCUGCGCGGAUAUUGAAGUGAGAGCUAUGUAAGGUGUGAAUUGAUGUAAUUACUGUACGUUGUGCUGUUAAUACAGUCGAUGUUUGAGC